GCGGGCGGGCGCGGGGCACGCCGGGAGAUGUAGUCCUGCCGCGGCCGGCCCCAGUGCGCGGAGCCCUGAGGGGGGGGCACGGCCCGAGGUCGGGUCGGCGCUGACAGCGCGGUCCCCGCGGAGGGUCGCGGCGCGGGAUGAGCUCUGCCGCGGCCAAGCCGAUACUUUAUAGCUAUUUCCGAAGUUCCUGCUCUUGGAGGGUGAGAAUCGCCCUGGCUCUGAAAGGGAUUGCCUAUGAUGUGGUACCCGUGAACCUCCUGAAGGACGGGGGAGAGCAGUUUUCUGCUGAAUUCAAGGCAGUGAAUCCAAUGCAGCAAGUCCCAGUCUUGAAAAUUGAUGGCAUCACCCUUUCUGAGUCGCUAGCUAUAAUUCAUUAUCUAGAAGAUACCCGUCCUAACCCCCGGCUCCUGCCACAAGAUCCGAAGAAGAGAGCCCAAGUCAGAAUGAUUGCGGAUCACAUUGCUGCUGGCAUUCAGCCAAUCCAGAACCUGAGCAUCCUGAAUAAAAUAGGGGAGAAAAAAAUGGAAUGGGCUCAGAACUGCGUCGUGUCUGGCUUCCAAGCACUGGAGCAGAUUCUGCAGCACACUGCUGGGCGCUACUGUGUGGGGGAUGAAGUUUCCAUGGCUGAUCUGUGCUUGGUGCCUCAAGUUGCCAAUGCUGAAAGAUUCAAAGUGGACAUGGGGCCAUAUCCCACAAUAACCAGAAUAAACAAAGCUCUCCUGGAGCUAGAGGCAUUUAAAGUAAGCCACCCAUCCCGGCAGCCAGAUACUCCUGCAGAGCUGCGAGCUUGAAGCCCUUCUACUUAUUAAAUCAAGUAAGAUAGAGUGUCAAAGAGGACAACAGCUACAGCUUGAGUAGGACCUCAGUGCCAGCAGGAAGCCCUAGUAAUGUCUCACUGUCAUCUGGAUGGGAAGAAAGACAGAUGACCUGGAAGUAGCCUUGAUGACUUACAGGAGCUAUGCCUGCAAUGGAAAGCUUGCAGCUACUUCUGACUCUGUUUUGUUCUCUAUCUGAUGUAUCUCCAUGAAGCAGAUUAAAGCAGAAACAUCCAUAA